AGCAGCCAGAGAGUCGCUCUGUGAGAGAGAAACAGCUUUUGCCAACAACCCAAGCGGCAGCAAACACGUUUUAAAAGUUACCCCGACGGAUCUCCGCGAAUGAAUAAAACGGCCAAAUAAAAUGUCUGUACUUGUUUGCCUCUCCGUCCCGUCAGACACCAACUUGAGCCCAUGCUAGCUUGGUUGAACCAAACAUUGCUGCCCUGCUGAGGCUGAAGCUGGGGCGCAGCAGCAGCAGCAGCAUAGGAGCCACUGAUCCGAGGAUCAUUUCCGACAACUCCGUAUGGAUUUAACGCCUACACGAGUCGCUGCUUGGGGUUUCACACGGGGGUGAUCGCCGGUUGUUUUGAUGAUGGGGGGAACUUUGUGACCGUACACACCUCGUGAAAUGUGGCGUCGCUGCGGAGGCCCCAGUUCUCUGAUUUGGAUUAUUCUCAACCAGCAGCCUCGUCAGGCCUAAUAACCAUAGACGCGUUUCUCCAUGGACACCCUACUGAAGUCAGAGCUCAGACAGGAAGGGAGUACCACUUCUGUGAAGGUGGAGGGUCUGUCCACAUCAGCUCUGAUUAAGAGCUUGUCUCCCCGAGUCAUGCUGUCCAACCACCUUUUACCAAAAGGGACCAAGAUGAGGGUCAACUUGGAAGAUCAGAGUCGUCAGAAAGUGUCUUUUAGCUUCUCGCAGACAAAAAAGCCGCUGCAAAACUCAUUUUUCGUAUCUACCAAUCCCGAUACGCCUGUCACUGACCCUCUCAGUGCCCCGUCACAGUUAAUCUUGGGGAAGAAUACGGAAAACAAAACGGAGCAAAAGCAGCCAGUCUUGGUGCCAUCAUUUGCCCCACAGACACGUUCUCAAACAUCAGUCGCAUCCUCAACUAGACUCAAAAAAAGCUUAGGAAAGAUGCAUUUUAAGAAGCAAAUUCUGAGUGUUUCUGCUACGGAAGAGAAACCAAAGCCUGUUACGCCCGAAGAGUCGCCCACCUCUGAAUCAGAGGUUCUGCAGAACUCCAAGAGUGACGUUGAAGUUCCAGCUCCUCCGCCUGAGAACAUCAUUAACGAUAGCCCCUCUAAAAACACAACCGCUGAAGCCUCUGAGACAACAGAAGAUCCCGACCUCAAGAAGCCAGCUUCCUCCUCCGGAAAAGAUGGCGAUAGCUCUAGCUGUACUGAUCAGGAUUCUAACGUGUACAAAAGGAAAACCAGGUCACAGUCAGGCAGUGCUCCUCCUUGCUCUGAAUCCGAUGGAGACUUAACCCACGCGUCUUCCAGCCGCAAAUCGGAUGAUUCAAAAAGCAAAACGAACUCUGACAGCAGGAACAAAGAGGCAAAAAAGUCUUCCUCUAAUUCACAUGCUGGGGAAAAGGAGAAAGGUUCCUCCAAGCGCACAGAGACCCAAGAAAGGUCUUCUAGUUACUCCAAAUCUGACCGCGAUUCUAGAAUCACCUCCUCUCGCUCGUCUCGUUCGGACAAGGAUCGCAGGAGGUCCAGGUCCAGGUCGCGUUCAAAAUCAAGAGGUUCUCGGACAAGUUCGUCUCACUCUAGAUCUGAGAGGUCCAGGUGUGACAGAGCUUCUCGCUCUGAAAGAUCGUACUAUCACGAAUCUGAUCGGCGGUCCCACAGGAGUCCUCCACGCAGGGAGAAAAGACGUUCUCGCUCUCGGACUGAAAGAACUCGGUACAGUUCUGACUCUGAAGACGACCACAGGAAAACAAGGACGAGGACGGGUGGCUCCAGCAGGUCGUCUACUAGCUACGUAAGCUCGCGUAAAGCAUCGCAAUCAUCUUCCUACUCGAGAGCCGAGAAAUCUUCUAAACCCUUGGAGUCUCCUCAUACCUCGGAGGUUGAUAAAAGAACACAGUCGUCAAGGUCUGAAAGGACUUCAAAGCGUUCCUCAGACUCUGAUUCUCAACAUAGGUGUUCUCCUGAAGCGGACUCCAGUUACCUCAAAUCUAGCAGUCAUCACAAGUCCGACACCAGUACCAAAUCCUCUUCUUCCAGUACGCACAAGUCCCAAUCGCAAAACAAGCACAGGAAAAACAGCUCUGGUGAUUCGGAGGGGGAACACAAGGCAAAAAGCCAGCCUUCUGACCAAAAUGCAAGUUCAUUGGAGAAAAGUCGAGACUCUCAAGAGAAAACCAGUAGAGCGGAUUCCAAACAAGCAACCCCCUCUAGAUCCUCCGUGAAAUCCCCCAGACAUCACAGGCAGUCAGAUGACCUGUUUCACAGUCCUGCAAAAACCCCGUCACGUGCAGCAGAAGCAGAAUGUAGUCCUUUGACGGAAAGAGAGAAAUCCGACCCGGAGCCAGGAGAGAAUGCACAGGGCAGUCAGGGUGUUAAGGAGACCGUCUUAUCUACUGAAAACAGUUUGCAAGAAUCUUUAGGAAAGACAGAGCCAGAAACAAAAUCAGUACUUGAACUAGAAAUGGAAAAGGCCUCAGUAACAGCCUUGAUUGAGAACCUAAGGCCUGUGUGCGUCACUCUGGAAAACGUGUGCCAUGUAAAGGCUAGCGAGGUGGACGUGAGCUUAAAUCCAGCUGUUCUAUGUUUGGAUAAAAGCGAAGAUUGUAUAGUCUGUGAAAACGAUGAACAAGUGCCAAAACCUUCACUUGAUGCUACAGAAACAAACGUCACACAUGAGAUCCAGCAAAACACUAAUGCAGAGGUUGUUGAACCACAUGAGGUUUUGGCAGCUGAGAGUCAAUCUGACCCCCACAAACCGGAUUUGUCCUGUCCAGAAGCGGAAAGUCUGCUGUUGGAAGAACAGCAAGGCAAAGAGGUUGCCAAAAAGGGUACCUGUACUCCCAGAAAGUCCCGGUGGGAUAUCGUUGGGCAAGACUCGGGUGAACGCGAUAAUUCAGACAGGGUCGUUGGUGCAGAUUGUAAUAUUAGUCCCAAAAAAGUGAUAUCUGUCAAAAAAAUCGAGUUUUCUAAAGACUGUGCCCAGCAGGACCUGGACGACAGAGAUGACUCUCAGUCCAGAGAUGAUAAACGUCCCAGCCUGGAGCGGGACGUGUCUUCGGUGACCUUGAAGUGCGUAGACCAAAGCGAGCCCUCGCAAACGAGCACCAGCAUUGACCACUGUGACUUAGAUCGUACUGCUUCCCAGAAACCAACCACAGACGAGCCUUCACACGUUAACAACCAGAUCCACCCAGCUGCGUUAGGACACCUCCAGAGUAGCGAUGCCAGUGAGAUUAUAUCGAAGGAGAGCAGCAACCGAAGCAAAUUGAGUUUAAGAACGCCCGUCAGCCAGGAUGCGUUAGCGACCCCUAGUGACGGCAGUGACAGCGACAACUCAGCCUACGACUCAGAUUGCGACAAGGCUAUAAAACAGUUUCACUCUGUGGUAGUAAUACCCAAGCAUUCCUCCCUGACAAAAGAUGUAGAAGACGGUCACGCCUCUUUGGGAACUCCUUCAGACGUUUCGGAGCUGUCUGACGCCCAGACGGGAACAGCAAACCAAGUUGGCGCGCAGCAAACACACCCGGAGACGGCUAGUCUAGCUGGGUCGCCUCAUACCGGCGUGCUUUGUCAGUCCCAGAGCAACAUGAUCGAUAGCACCAGUCACUCAGAGGGUUCCGGCGCCGCCAGCGGCCCGCUUUUUGUAGCUGAGCACGUCGGUGCCCAAGGAAGUGCGACAGAUUCGACCCCCGUGCCUGAUGAUUCCAGACAAUGCGAGCUAAGUCUGAAGCAACACGAGAUAAGCAGUCACGGCGAGCAGGUGCACUCGCAUUACCAACCCAAUGCCUUCUCUGACAAUAUCAACAACAAGGUGAGCUUCAGUCUGGGUUGGGACUUUGCUCAAGCAGAACAGCCUACCAGCACAUGCCAGCAGCCUGAUAGCAGCCACGGGCCACAGCUAAACACUAAAGGAGCAGUAGCCAAUUCUAAGGAGCAAGACGAGAGACUAAGUAUUCACUCCGGUACGCAACAGUCACCUAACAUGCAAACUAUCAAAUUACCCUACCUCCACACGCACGAACAUUAUCAGGAGCCUUCAAGUGAAAUCCACCCAGACUCGCUCACCAACGACCACGAUGACUACAGUGCUGAAAAGUCAUCGAGUCACAGUAAAGCACUAAACAUUCCAGGGUCUGCGAGCUCGGUGCAAGGUCACGAAAUUAGCAGCAACAGCAGGGGCUCCGCUGUACCCGACCCACCCAGAGAGGACAAUCUGAGACCCCACAGAGGCAGAGGACCGCCCAAGAAACGGCGUCCGGAGAUCGAGUCGGACUCCGACAAUGAGGCGGAAGCUGGGCCGUCUGCAAAAAGGGAGCGUCAGGGAGACGUUGCCGUCUCCAAGGAUGCUCUCGUCAAAGCCGAGGUGGACAGACCGUCGAUCACUCUACGCAACUUUCAAGAUGCCAGCAGAUGGAGAGAUUUGGCCAAGACUAAAAAGAUGCCCCCCUAUUUUGACUUGAUCGAGGAGAACAUGUACCUAACUGAGAGAAAGAAAAGCAAAUCUCAUCGAGAUAUCAAGAGGAUGCAGUGUGAGUGCCCAGUGCUGUCAAGAGAAGAGCGCGCAAAAGGAGUGAUGGCGUGCGGGGAGGACUGUUUAAACCGGCUCCUGAUGAUUGAAUGCUCCUCGCGGUGCUUGAAUGGAGCCUAUUGCUCUAACCGUCGCUUUCAGAUGAAGCAGCACGCAGACUUCGAGGUCAUCCUCACAGAAGACAAGGGCUGGGGACUGCGCGCCGCCAGAGACCUGACUCCAAACACAUUCGUCCUGGAAUACUGCGGCGAGGUGUUGGACCACAAAGAGUUCAAAGCAAGGGUGAAAGAAUACGCUCGCAACAAGAACAUCCACUACUACUUCAUGGCGCUGAAGAACAACGAGAUCAUCGAUGCAACGUUGAAGGGUAACUGCUCGCGGUUCAUGAACCACAGCUGCGAGCCGAACUGCGAGACCCAAAAGUGGACUGUGAACGGCCAGCUUCGGGUUGGCUUCUUCACCACCAAGACUGUCGCUGCGGGAACUGAACUAACGUUCGACUACCAGUUUCAGAGAUACGGGAAAGAAGCGCAGAAAUGUUUCUGUGGGGCGCCGAGCUGCAGAGGCUUCCUCGGCGGGGAGAACAGAGUCAGCGUCCGAGCAGCCGGGGGGAAGAUGAAGAAGGACCGCAGCAGAAAGAGCGCUCUCACCACGGUGGACGAGGAGCUGGAGGCGUUGCUGGAGAACGGAGAAGGCCUGUACGACGAGAAGCAGGUGGUGUCCCUGUGCAGGCUGAUGGUCCGAGUGGAAACCAUGGAGCAGAAGCUCCUCUGUCUCAAGCUCAUACAAGACACCCAGAACCCGUCGUGCCUGAAGCAGUUCUUGGAUCAUCACGGCCUGUCCUUGUUAUGGAUCUUCAUGGUGGAGCUCUCUGAAGCUAAAGGCAACAGCGCUAAUAACAACAAACUGCAGCUAGAGAUCAUGAAGACUCUGGCUGUGCUCCCCAUCUCCACCAAGAAUAUGCUGGAGGAGAGCAAAGUCCUGACCCUCAUCCAGCGGUGGGCUCAGAUAAAAACCCUCCCCCAGCAGACCGAGAUGGACGGCUACUCCAGCGAGAACACCUCCCGCGCCCAGACCCCUCUCAACACUCCCGACGGUUCCUCCGCCAAGCUGGCCCCGGAGCUGGACGGCGAUACGUCCAAACCCGCCGUUUACAGGCGCCUCAAAAUCAUCAGCGAGAACAGUCUGGACAGCGCCCUCUCUGACGCCAGCAAAGCGUCCGACGGGAAGGAGGACGAAGAGGAGGAGGAGGAGACGGAAAACUCGAACGCCGAUCCCCCCGACGCGACGAGCCUGAAGGACGAGCAGUUGAGCGACGCGGCGGAUCCGAGCAAAGAGUCCGCCGAGGAGUCGGGGAAAGAAGCGGCGAAGCAGGAAAAGUCUGAGACGAGUUGCAGCGGAUUACAGCCGCCUCAAGAUGCGGAAACGAAAGAUGAAGCCGAGCUGGAUUUGAAGAUCGAGACAAAAGAUCGGGAAGCCGAUGAAACCGAGACUUCAAAGGAUCCGUGCGAGGCGCAGGUCGGUGCAGAAAAGCCUGAACUGGAAGGAGACCCGUCCUCGGUUAAAGCGGACGAGCCAGAGAGUCAUUCCAGCCAACCCGUUCCUGCAGAUGCUCCAGCCGAGCAGCCGUCGGAGACAAAGGAGGCGCCGAAAGAAGCGCAGGAGGCUGAGAGCUCCCUGAGCACCGAGCCCCACGUCGGUGAGCCUGCCACAGAGGCACCACCAAACUCAGAGACCCCGGAGGCACCCGUCCCCUCGGAGGUGGCGGCGAUGCAGGCGGACCCGUCUGUGAUGGGAACUCCCUCUCAGGACGAAGAAGAAGGAGUGUCGGACGUGGAGAGCGAGAGGAGUCAGGAGCCCCAGCUCAGCGUUUUGGACAUAAGUGGCAUGGCUGCCAGGCUUCUGGACAGCUGGAAGGACCUGAAGGAGGUGUACAGGAUACCAAAGAAGAUUCAGGUGGAGAAGGAGGCCAGAGAUCGGAGCCGCGAUCGGGACGUGGCGUUGGCGCCGCGCACGCCGUCUGGCAGCAGAGAGCGGGACAGAGAGCGGGAGAAGGAAAGGGAGCGGGACAGAGAACGAGAGUACGACAGAGACCGCGAUCGAGACCGAGACCGGGACAGAGACAGAGACCGAGACCGGGACAGGGACAGAGAGCGCAGCCGAGACCGGGAUCGACCCUCGGACAGAACCACUCGCAGCUCUGAGCGACGGAGAAGGCGCUCGCAGUCCCCGCCUCCCUUACCCUAUGAGAGGAGCAGCCGGCGUAACGAAGAGCGGUUUGACCCCCCGAGCAGCAAGACGCCAAGAGGAGCUGGGGUAAAAGAGCGCAACAAGCUGUCUACAGAGGAGCGCAGAAAGCUGUUUGAACAGGAGGUUGCUCAGCAGGAAGCCCAGAAGCAACAACAGCUCCAGCAACAACAACAACAACAACAACAGCAGCAGCAACAGCUCCAAACUAUGACUUACGAUUCUCUGGUGUACGCCUCCAGCCCCGGCUUCAUCACCUACCCCCCCGGAUACCCAAUCCAGACCUUCGUGGACCCCACCAACCCCAACGCCGGCAAAGUCCUCCUCCCCACCCCGCCGGUCGAGCCGGGCCUCACCUACGAGCAGACGCCUCCGCAGCGCCUGGCCUCGGACCUCGGCCUCGCCUCUCCGUCCUCCACCUCCCAGGCCCCCGCGGUCUCCAACGUGUCGCAGCACAUCGCCGCCACCAACCUGACCACGGUCAACGCCCAGCAGUACACGCAGCCAGCCGUAGCAGCCCAGGAGGCGGGAGUGGCCGUGCUGUCUGUGCCGGCCCCGGCGGCCCCUCAGGUACAGGGUCAGCAGAGCUACGCCACGCUCUGGGACCCCGCCACCCAGCAGGCGGUGACGGUGCAGACGCAGCCGGCGCAGCAGUACGCCGCGGCUCCGGGGCCGCCGCCGCCUCAGACACAGACGGCCAUCUAUUACCAGGGCCAGCCGUGCCAGACCAUCUACAGCAUCCCCACUGCCUACCCUCAGGCCAACCCUCCUGUCAUACAGGCUUAUACUGAGCCCACAGCCAGCUACCUGCACAGCCAGCCGGUGUAUCCUGGCCAUCAGCAGGGAGUGGUGGUGCAGCAAGGAGGCACCGUCACCACCAUCGUCACAUCCCAAACUGUCCAGCAGGAGAUGAUUGUACCCAACAAUGUGAUAGACCUGCCUCCCCCCUCUCCCCCGAAACCCAAAACCAUCGUUUUACCUCCCAACUGGAAAGCCGCCCGGGACCCUGAAGGCAAGAUCUACUACUACCACAUUGUCACAAGGCAAACGCAGUGGGAUCCGCCCACGUGGGACGGCAGUGGCGACAGCAUGAGCGUGGACCACGAGUCUGAGAUGGACCUGGGAACGCCGACCUACGACGAGAAUCCUUCUAAGUUCUCCACAAAGACGGCCGAAGCAGACACUUCCAGCGAGCUGGCUAAAAAAAGUAAAGAGACGUUCCGCAAAGAGAUGUCCCAGUUCAUUGUGCACUGCCUGAAUCCUUACCGGAAGCCGGACUGCAAGUCUGGACGCAUCAGCAACACGGAGGACUUCAAACACCUGGCAAGAAAGCUAACCCACGGAGUCAUGAACAAGGAGCUGAAAGCGUGCAAGAACCCCGAGGACCUGGAGUGCAACGAGAACGUGAAGCACAAGACUAAGGAGUACAUCAAGAAGUACAUGCAGAGGUUCGGCUCGGUGUACAGGCCCAAGGAGGACACGGACGUGUACUGACCGGAUCCAGCCACUCCCCCCCCCCACCCACCCACCCACACCCCCCACCCACCAUUACCUCUGCGCUCACACUGGAGAAGCCUUCCCCGUUCACUCCUUUAUUGUACGUUCCGGCCAGUCUGGACAGUGAAGUAGUUUCUUAUCAUUUUGUAUUUAUGUCAGAAUUUGCACUGCUGCCCAAGAAUCUCUCCAUGCUUUGUGAAAUCCACCGAAGGCGCCGCGAUCCGAGACUUUUUUUUUUUUGGGGGGGCGCGGCUCUCUCGAGCGUGACGACACAGAGGGGUGCUACAGAGACAACUGUGUCCACUGACCGUCUCAUGUUUUUUAGCUUCUUUUUUUUUUUUUUGCGGCUCGUUGAUGUUCACCUCCCUCUCACUUUUUAAGCUCUUUACAGAACUAAAUGUGGAUUAUUUUAAAAAAAAAAAAAGAAAAGAAGAAGAAGAAGAAACAAGUCUGUGGAACUUUGUGCUGUUUGAAAAUGGAUCGAUGGCAGAAGAGUCUAGACCCUCUCCUCCCGGCCCACUGACUAAAUACCUGGUGCUGCUUUUAAACCGGGGCCGCCGAGGUCCGCGCUCUCAUUGGCCGAACCCCCUGCUUACAUCACCACGAAAGCCUGCAGCCUCCUUUUUUUUUUUUUUUUCUUUUAAGAAUGCAUGUUUGGGCCGAGGUCCGGGUGGAGCCCUCGAUGGCGCGAGCUUUUGCUCAAAGUCCACCGAGGGAUCAGCCGAGGGACGAGCAGGUUGGGGAAGGGGUUGGAGAUCUUUAUCGAUCUUUUAUCACUUUAAAAAAACUAAAGCCGGGUUAGAAGCCGCUGAACGGAGCCCUGUUAAAGCAGAGGGACCGUUUUUUUUAAAUCCCCGUCUUCGUCCAACCCCUUUGCCAACCUGCCUUGCUCCCGUCUUCUUACAGGAAUACUAAAAAUGAAGUUUGUAGCAUUGCAGUUUUAACCGUUUGCUAAAAUGUUGUGUGCUUUGGGUAUUUUUUUACUAGCUAGUUCUCAUUCUUAAAACCUUUUGGUUUGGCCUACGUUUGCUCCAUGAACUGUUCAAACGUUUGCUCCAUGAACUCACGAGUUUUUUUCCCCAUAUUUUUACUGUUGACGGUAAAGGUUUGUUCUCCAGCAUUAGAUCAUGACUUUCUCACAGCUCAUUAAACUGCAUUAAAUAAAGCUCCAACAUAUGUAUAUUGCUUUAUAUGUGAAUAUAUUGAAUAAUAGUUUUGGGAAUGUUUAAAUGAGCAAACACUUUGUAAAAGGACUAUCAUUUCUUGAAUAAAGUGUAAAUAUUGUGUAAAUUCUUUUUUUUUUUUUUUUUACAAAAAGCUGUAUGUAGGAGCGAAGGGCCCAUGAGCACAGUGAGCCCACCCAUCCUCACCAGCUCAGUCCUCCUGAUGCAGUUCCUGUCUAACUCAAGUUUUCUUUCUGUUUUUUUUUUUUUUUUUUUCACUGGCCUGACAGGUAAACAUGUCUUCUUCUGUUAUUGUUGGUGGUGUUUUUUUUAUUAUUAUUUUUCUAUGUACAAAGUAAGUUUCACCCUAAUCGACUGUAAGUAUUGUGUAAGCACAUUGUCAUACUGAGUGUACAAACAUUUUAAAAUAAUAAACCUUUUUUAAAACAA